GCUGCCGGAAGUCGGUCCGUCGUGUUUUCUCCCUCCGGCAGGUGUUUUAGCCUGGAAGCUUCAGCUGAGCUUCUGAUUUCUGUUUGGUUUCACUGCUAAAAUCUUUUUCUCUUUAAUUAUAUUUGUAAGAAACACUACUGUUAGCUGUUCCACUUCGAAAAUAGAAAGCUAACUUUCUAAUUUACUCGUUAAAGUAGGGCGUUUAACCGAUAAGUCGUGAUGGCUCAGGAGAUAAACGCACGGGCCGUCCCUCAGCAUGGACUCUGAAAAUGAUAUCCUGAUGAAGGAGUCCAUCAACAUGAUGAUUGAUAUGAUCGUGCUGUGUGCCACUUUGGCACUCUCUCUCUUCUUCUGGAUCCUCUCUCUCACAAUGAGCACAUUCUACGGCACGCUGCAGCCCGUGUCGCCGUGGCGUUGGUUGUUCUCCAUCUUGGUUCCCCUCACUGUGACGAUGCGAGCGCUGAAGAGACGCAGUCUGGACCGAUCGGGAGCGCUGGCCGCCCUCCUGGUGGGGUUUGUGUUGACGAUGGCAAACUACAGCUUCUUCUCCACUCUGCUGGCCUUCUUCAUCACCUCCUCCAGACUGACCCGCUGGGGAGGAGCGCAGAAGAAGAAGAUCGACGCCGAGUACAAAGAAGGGGGUCAGAGGAAUUGGGUUCAAGUUUUCUGCAAUGGAGGUGUUCCCACUGAGCUGGCACUGCUCUACAUGAUCGAGGUGGGUCCAGGUGAGAUCCCCAUCGAUUUCAAUAAGCAGUACUCUGCCUCCUGGAUGUGCCUCUCCCUACUGGGCGCGCUCGCAUGCAGCACUGGGGACACCUGGGCAUCUGAGGUGGGGCCAGUCCUCAGCCGAUCAAAGCCGAGACUCAUAACCACUUGGAAGGAAGUCCCCACAGGAACAAACGGAGGUGUUACUCCCAUAGGAUUGGUUGCCAGCUUCCUUGGCGGGGCAGCGGUGGGCGUGGCUUACUUUGUGACGCAGCUGCUCACAGUCCGCGAUCUCCACCUGGCCGACCCCCAGUGGCCGAUCGUCGUGUACGGCGGCGUGGCUGGCCUGCUCGGGUCCAUGCUGGACUCCUUUCUGGGGGCGCACAUGCAGUACUCAGGCUUUGAUGCGAGCAUCGGGAAGGUGGUGAGCUACAGCUCCGCCACCACCCAGUGGAUCUGCGGGAAACCCAUCUUAGACAACAACGCAGUCAACCUGUUCUCCUCGGUCCUCAUCGCGCUCAUCCUGCCGGGGCUGGCCUGGGGGGCGUGGCCUCGAUAGACUGACACUAAAAACUGUCUGCCUGUUUUACGACCUGCUGGCUGCCUGAGUUAGUGUUACUCAAACACUGACUAAACAUCUGAGACCAACAUCUUUUUAAAAAAAAAAAAAAAGCACAGGUUUUAAUAACUGAGCCACACCCACACCAUCAGCUCAAAGCCACUGUGUUUUUAACAUGACAUGUUCAGUAGACCAUGGAUGUAUUAAACUUCACUGCCAACCCCUCA